CUCAAGCUAAAACUACUGUAGCUCUCACACUUCGUCUACGUUCUUUCCAUCAGGAAAAAUCUUCUUCAUCUCUGUUUCGUUGAUUCUCAUAGAAUCUCUGAUCACUAAUACGUCGUCGUUGCGUUCGUCUCUCAUCGUCAGAUUCCGUUUCGAGCUUUCUGAAUCUUUCUUAUACGAUAGUGGUCUCUGAUCUAUUGCUUCGCCACGUUGAGCUUAUAUGAUCUCGAGGUAUAUAUAUAUAUCUGCAAUGGCUGAUACUGCUGGAGCAGUGAGAAGAAACUGACUAUCAAAGAACUUCGGCGUGAAGAGAUUCUCUGAUUUUGCACUGAGGGGAGGAAGAUGAUAAACACGACGCUUGUACUGACUUAUAUCUACUUACUCAUCUACAUCAUACUCUCUUCAGGUGUCAUACUCUACAACAAGUGGGUUUUAUCCCCAAAGUACUUCAAUUUUCCACUUCCUAUAACGCUGACGAUGAUCCAUAUGGGGUUUUCUGGAUUCGUGGCCUUCCUUCUUAUUCGCGUCUUCAAGGUUGUAGCUCCGGUUAAAAUGACAUUUGAAAUAUACGCAACAUGUGUGGUACCUAUAAGCGCAUUCUUUGCAUCGAGCCUCUGGUAUGUUCCUGUUCUAUACACAGUAAACACAGUUUGUUUUGUUAAUGCUCUUAUCUUAUAUCCUCCUUUGUGCAGGUUUGGCAAUACCGCAUACUUGCACAUUUCUGUUGCCUUCAUUCAGAUGCUCAAAGCUCUAAUGCCAGUAGCAACAUUCAUCAUGGCAGUUAUUUGCGGCACUGACAAACCAAGGUGCGACGUGUUCUCGAACAUGUUGUUGGUCAGUGUUGGGGUUGUGAUAUCUUCUUAUGGGGAAAUCCAUUUCAAUAUAGUUGGCACAGUCUAUCAGGUCACAGGCAUCUUUGCUGAAGCACUUAGACUGGUGCUAACUCAAGUUCUUCUCCAGAAGAAGGGGUUGACAUUAAACCCUAUCAACAGCUUAUAUUACAUAGCUCCCUGCAGUUUUGUAUUUCUGGCCUUCCCUUGGUAUGUGUUGGAGAAACCCACGAUGGAAGUUUCACAGAUACAAUUCAACUUCUGGAUUUUUUUCUCCAAUGCUCUGUGUGCCCUUGCGUUGAACUUCUCCAUAUUCUUAGUAAUCGGUAGGACAGGUGCGGUAACAAUCCGGGUAGCUGGUGUUCUCAAAGACUGGAUUCUCAUUGCCCUCUCCACAAUCAUUUUCCCCGAGUCCACGAUUACUGGGCUGAACAUCAUUGGAUACGCAAUUGCGCUUUGUGGCGUCGUCAUGUACAACUACAUAAAAGUGAAGGACGUAAAGGCAUCUCAACCAACUGCUGACAGUCUCCCAGAUCGAAUCAAUAAGGAGUGGAAGAUGGAGAAGAAGUCUUCAGAUAAGUUCAAUCCGGAUGUUGGUGGAGAGAGCCCAAGAGUAGGAGGCGAGAUAAACGACGAAGAAGCCCCUUUGAUUACGUCCCGUUUAUCUCAUAUUGGUCGGACGCAGCUCGUAAAUCACGCCGCUUAAGAUGCCUAGUAAAAACGCAUGAUAGAGAGGUUUUGCUUCCCAAUUCGUUGUUUUUUUCUUUGCUACGUAAAAAGAAUCUUUGAAACCAAAAGAGAGGUGCAGCAGCAGCAUCCGAGACCGUGUGUCCUCUCGUGUCUCAGGUGAAGAAUGGUGUACUUGUCUUCAAAAUUUACAACUUUAUUAAGAAAUAGAUAGCUGAGCAAAAUAGUAGUAUGAUCGAUGAUUAGCUUAAAAAACGUUAAAAAGUCACAUAUUCGUUUAUAAUGAAUUGACAUUAGAGUAAUAUAUAUAUUCCUGUGGCAUUUAUUU